CCUGCCUGCGCUGCUCCGUUCAGCCGCAGCCAGCUGCCUGUGCUCGGCGGAAUAAACAGGGCGAUGUCGUCGGCUGCUGUUGUCUGUGACCAGAAAGCACGGCUCAGCUGGGAAUAAAUCACCCCCGGGUCUCUUUUUCUUCUUCUAUCGUUUGAGUAAACUGGAGACAGAUUGCUGGUGGUGGUCGCUGUCAGUGGUUUGUUUUUUUUCUACUGCCGAGAAGCGGAGCGCAACAGCCGCGAUGCCGCUGCUCUUCCUGGAGAGGUUCCCCUGGCCAAGCCUGCAGACCUACACGGCACUGAGCGUGGCUCUGCUGGCCGGCAGCAUCUUCAGCGCCUACACCACCGUCACUGACCCCGGGUUUGGGGCCUUGGAGACCGAUGAUACGCCACAUCCCUCCGAGGUUGAUCUGGAGCACUUGAGCAGUGCGGUUGGUAACACGGAACUGGCUAGGACUGUGCUGUGGUAUCUCAUUACCGACACCCUGUUUGUAUGGGUGUUGGUGAACACAUUCUGCUGCUCUUUGAUGCUAAUUGCAAAAAUGAUCCAGUAUGUGGUUUUUGGCCCCCUCAGAGUCAGUGAGAAGCAGCAUCUUAAGGAUAAAUUCUGGAACUUCAUCUUCUACAAGUUCAUUUUCAUAUUUGGCGUGUUGAAUGUGCAAACGGUAGAAGAAGUGGUCAUGUGGUGUUUGUGGUUCUCGGCCUUGGUCUUUCUCCAUCUCAUGGUUCAGCUCUGCAAAGAUCGCUUUGAAUAUCUAUCUUUCUCUCCGUCAACCCCGAUGAACAGCCAUGUGAGAGUGCUCUGCCUGCUGGUCUCCCUGCUCCUGGACUGCUGCGGCCUGGCGGUGGUCUGCGGCCUGUUGGGAGCCUCCCAUGGCAUGCACACUCUCUCCUUUAUGGCCGCAGAGUGUUUGUUGGUGACUGUUCGCACGGGACAUGUCAUUAUGAGGUACUCCAUCCAUCUGUGGGAUCUGAACCAUCCAGGAACCUGGGAGAGCAAAGGCACAUAUGUCUACUACACGGACUUUAUAAUGGAGCUGGCUAUGCUCUUCCUGGAUCUCAUGCACCAUAUCCAUAUGCUGCUUUUUGGAAACAUCUGGCUGUCCAUGGCGAGCUUGGUUAUCUUCAUGCAGUUGCGAUAUCUUUUCCAUGAGGUCCAGCGUCGCAUUCGCAGACACAAGAACUACCUUCGAGUCAUCAACAACAUGGAAGCCAGGUUUGCAGUCGCUACGGCAGAGGAGCUGGCUGCAAAUGAUGACGAUUGUGCCAUCUGCUGGGAUGCCAUGCUAACGGCACGCAAACUGCCCUGUGGUCAUCUUUUCCACAACUCUUGUUUGCGUUCGUGGCUCGAGCAGGACACGUCGUGUCCCACGUGUCGAACGUCUCUGAACAUCAACGGCGACGGGGUUCCUGGGAGAACCCAGCAGCAGGGGCCCGGUUUGGAGGACAACAUUGGCCCAGUAGGAGCCGCCCCAGAAGCCCGGCCACACAUCAACCAACACAAUCACUUCUUCCACUUCGACGGCAAGUCUACCACACACUGGGCGAGCCGUGGAGGGAGCUUGGACUCUGUGGCUGUUAACUAUCCAUGUGUUCUUCUUACAGGCUCUCGCAUUGCCAGCUGGCUGCCCAGUUUUUCAGUGGAAGUAAUGCAUACUACUAAUAUUCUGGGCAUGGCUCAGGCCAACAACUCCCAGCUAAUGGCCAUGGCCCAUCAGGUUCAGGAGAUGUUCCCUCAGGUUCCCUCCUACCUUGUUCUUCAGGACCUGCAGCUGACCCGCUCUGUUGAGGUCACCACAGACAACAUUUUGGAAGGACGAAUCCAGGUGCCCUUCCCCCCGCAGGCCAUAGAACGUGCCCCCAUACCGGGGAACCCCGACGCAGAGGAGCUGCCGGGUCCCAGCGGCGCAGCAGAGCAGAACCCCAGUGAGUCGGAUAACGUGGAGGCCAGAGGCGGUCGCUUCUCCAAGUCUGCAGAGGAGAGGCAGAAGAUGUUAAAGCUGAGAAAAGAAGAAAUGCUCCAGCAAGCACGCAGGAGAUAUCUGAACAAGGGUCAAGAAGAUCAUGAUGACUUGCCUAGACUGGAGGACUCCCUGGCGGAGCUGGACUCGACGAUGCUGAGACGUAGAACCAUGGCAGCUGCUGCGGAGAGACGCAUGCAACAACAAGAGGAGCCCUGAAACGCACGAUGGACUUGAGCAAGAAAGUUUACUACGUCAUGAUCCUAAGAGGCAACAAGAGCUAUUUCAGCCUUUCCCCCCCUCCCCCGUUUGGUCUAGCCAAUAGUUAUCACCUAUGUAAAAGUAUAAUUAAAAAGCUGUUCUGGGCUGCCGGAAGAAGGUGAGACUAUUGAAAGUGGCCUCUGCUAUUCGAUCCAGAGUAUUUGGAGCAUUAUAUAAAUGAAUGGGUUGUAGCAAGUGAAGACUUGCAAGGUUGCAUUGCCCUCUGUUCACGCGCCUCGCAUUGCAACCACCAGCUUAGACAGUAUCUGUCAACAUUUGGACUCGUCGAUAAUGAGCACAUUUUGCAUUCAGACACAAUUACAAGAACUUUUUUUUUUUUUUGAAAGACGUCAGAAAGUGUAAUUUUUUUUAGAUGAAGCUACUAAGGGUCUUUUUUAUUACUUUUGGUCUCUUGCUUUGCUCAUGGCAGAAACACCAUGUUCCUGAUGGAGAAAUCCGUCUGGUUUAUCUGUGUGUCGUUUUUAAUAGUUUCAACUGUGAAAGAAGUAGCAAAGUUUUUAUUUCUUACCUCGGAGUAAGAGAAUGUCACUUUAACAUUGGUCAGCCUUUCAGUCAACCAUGAAUGUUUCUAUCAAAGGAAAUGCUGCAAACAAAAGUGUUUUUUGACCCGCAAGGGUUGUUCCGUGUCAAGUGUUCUGUCGCUCUUUGUAAACAGUUUGCAUUUUGUUAUUUAACAAGAUGGAUUGGGGGGGGGGGGGGGGGGGUAGUUUGGCAUGUAAACUUUGUUUUCUAAUACGGAUGCCCUCAGAUGCGUAAGCAACGAAUGGGGAUGGAUUACCUUUUCUGUGUAAGUACACUGGGCGUUUUUUCCUCGGUCUUUUAAAAGUAACCCUCGACUGUGGAGCAGGUAAAUAUUUUCAGCUGAGGACAGGGUUCUAAGUGAUAUUUAUAGGGUAUAAAGUUGAGUUUAGUCUGUAGCAGCUCCACUUGCUGCAUGUUCUUACGUGGAUGUCGAUGCCACUCAUGCAAGAGUCUUUUUAAUACUUUGACAAAACCUGUUGCAUACCUAUCAAGCAAUUUUUGGUACCUCACAGCAAGUCACCUUACCUACAGGUCAUGGUUUAACUCUUCAUAAAUUAGUUUAAUUAGGAUCUACAAAAGAAACCCAUUUGUGCUGCCUGUAUUUAACCUGUGAAAUGAAAUGAAAAGGAAAAUCGUUAGAGCAGCCAACGUUACCCGUCUGCUUCAGUACUUUAUUUAGGUAAAAGUACACCAACGGGAAGCAAAUUGUGGUUCCUGGAAGCCUUUAGGAGAAGUAAUCAACCUGCCAUGAAUCUGUUGCUGAUUGAGACAUAUCAAUGGACAAAGGAGUGGAGACACUGCAGUGUAAAAAAUAAAUUAAUGAAAAGGCAAGUUUCCAAACGCAUGAAAUGUUGACGAGCCAUUUUGUGUCCAUAGACCAAAGAUCAGCCUAAAGCUUCCACUGAAAGCUAAAGUGUUACGAUCUUUUAUUUUGCAUCUUUUGUUUAGUGGUGUUGUUUGGGGGUUGCUUUAUAAAGAUAUAAUUUAGGUUUAAAAUUUUAUAUAUAUAGAUAUAAAUAAUAAUAAAAAAACUGAACAGUUUUCUUUCAUUUUCUGUUCAUUCUGUUUAGGAACUUUAAAGAUCCAUUGCUUUUACCUCCUCGUGGUUUACCUUUCAAAACUUAUUACUAAUUUAAUCAAAAUCUUAAGUUCUUUUUUUUUUUUUAGGCUGAGCUUUCCUGUAUUUUGUGCCUAAAUCAAGGAUGCUUUAGUUAACUUCUGUUCAUCUAGUUUUUGUAAAAUAUGGUGAUAUGAAAGACUCAAUAAACAGAGCUUCUACAGCUUUUCAACAAA